AUGGAGCAGAACAACAACAAUGUAGAAGAUUUCUCCUUGAAUGUCUUUUCUGUCACUCCUUAUCAGCCAAACAGAUCCGAUGCUCUGGUGUCAGACGGGGAUAAAGCCGGUGCCACUUUGCUCUUUUCGGGUGUGUUUUUGGGACUCGUGGGGAUCACUUUCACUGUGAUGGGAUGGAUAAAAUACGAUGGCAUUACUCACCUGGAGUGGACUCAGUUACUAGGGCCUAUUCUGCUGUCUGUCGGGGUCACUUUUAUUCUGAUUGCUGUUUGUAAAUUUAACAUGCUUACAUGCAAGCCCUGUAAAGAAAGAGAGGAAAAUACGUCAGACCUCGAUCAGACUGCAAGUGGACAGUCCUUUGUCUUCACGGGCAUUAACCAGCCUAUAACUUUUCAUGGUGCCACAGUGGUACAGUACAUCCCUCCGCCGUACCCGGCCCAGGAAGGCAUCGCUGUGAGUCCUGGCUACCUUCACCCGGUGCUCAGCUGCUGUGGUGCUGUUUCCUCCAGCGCCUCACCGAUUCCCACCCCAGGAUCUGCUCACUUCUGCCCUGCAUACCCCCUGGACAACCGAGCUUUUACUGGAGAUGAGAACUACACUACUUAUCCUGCAGAGAGUACCAGGAAUCAGAGGUCAGAGGAUGGUUCUGAUGAGCCAGAAGAACUGCUGGAAGACUACGCCUGUGACCACUUGUCACCUCCACGUUAUGAGGAAAUAUACCCACUGUCUUCAUAA